CACCUUAAGGCUCAACUGAACCAUUCUUAUUACUUCCAACUCAAAGAUUGUCGGGUCACAUAUUAUAAGGUCACUUUGUGAUGAAAAUGAGUCCUCAAAGGGGGAUACUCACCUCUCUCUCCUGCUCCAUCCCUAUCACUCCAAACAAAAAACAUUCAUCUCCUAAGCUGAAUAAUUAACACUUUGUUUUGUGUAAGCAUUUCUCAAUAUUCUCUUACACAUAGUAAUCAGCACAACAGAAUAUUUAAAAAGUGUUUCAUAAUACUCAAGCUUUGCACUGAAGUAUUUGUCCCUUGAAUGCAAACUGCUGGGGUGAACUAAGGUAGCAAUUCUUUCUAAAGCUGAUGUUUGGAUAAUCAUAUGAAGCAUAGGGUUCCAAGUCUUGCCUAUAUUUGCACCUGCAACGUUGAAUUCACAUAUUGCCUCAAUGGCACUCUCAUGUUCAAGCGAUUGGCCCUUCAUCUCAGUUGGGUUGUGCCCUUGGGCUGCCUUCAACUUUAAGAACUUACAGAAGGAAAGUAUUGUAGAUCAAUUUCCAACUGCUGAUUCUUUUUUUUCAAUGAAAAGUAAUUUAAUCUAAUAUUUUUAUGUAGAUCUUGUAUUUUAUUUGCUUGUUUAGUUAGCAGCUCAUGCAUCAAAUAUUUGAUAAUUGUAAAACCCUCGAUCUCUUGGUAAAUCUUAGUUAUAUAUGACCUAAUAAUAUGGCAUUUAUUGCCUCCUUUCAUGUGUUCAUACUUCCAAGCGUCAAACAUUGAACUUCCCUCAGACAGGUGUAUUUCUUCUACGGCUUAGCUGUAUUUUGCACACUUAUUACAAAGAUUACCCACUGUGGUUUUGGGUUUGAAUAAGUUUUGUCAAUAUUCUAACCAUACUAAGUUAUGGUGCAUUUGUAUAAAGAAAAAAAUUAAUGGUUAGACUAAAAAGCAUUUAGUGUAUGUGGAAUGUGAAUUAUCAUCAGUUAUUGGUACAUUUUGGAAGAGUAACAUUCUGUUCACUGAUGUUUGAUGGUACACUCCCUCAAUUGAUUAACUCAUUAUUGACUGACCAAUAUCUGGCGCAGGGCAAAGUCUUGCUUUGUGUGCGCUGUCUGAUUUCAGCUGAUUUAAGUUUCCUUCAACCGUCCUUGCUCGUUUUACUUGAAAAAUCUGCUAUGGAUAAAGAAAGUCAGCUGGGUAUACAUUAAACUUUCAACCUGGUUCCUUGUUCAAUCCAUCUGCCAAUAGAGCAACAUAGCUGCAGCAGUAUACACAUGCAUCAAGUGCAGAUGCCUAUUCCAUUAUUCAUAAGUUCCUGUGUGUUAGCAGUAUGGGUGCGUUGCACUGGACAAAGGAGAUCUAGCACUGAAUAAAAUGUGGGUGGACUCUGCCUUGUUUUUAUAGUAAACUUCCACAGCAGAAUGAUCGGCUAGAUGAAAUAAGAUUUGAAAUGUUUUUCUAACGAACCAACUGACAUGAGUUGAAGCAGGCACAAUAUCUUCCUACGUUCUUGGUAUAAAUCUUGUGUUCUGCAAGCUGGGAGGAACUUGCUCUCAGUUUUGUUUGAUCAAUAUGUUGCCAUUGAAAAUCCCUUCUCUUGCCACUUAUGUAUGUCUGUUCUUUGAAUGCCGAAUUUAGUGCUGAUAAUUUGUGUUGGGUGAUGAUUGAAGACUUUUGGUACAAAAAUGGGUUGAAUAUGGAAAUGCAAACGUAGCCCAAAAUAUUCAUUUUUGCACUUUUUUAGAAAAAACCAUUGGGCAUCUGUUUUGGUAGAAAAAAAACAUACAGUUGGCCUACCGCUACCGAAAAACUUGUUUUUAUGCUUUAAAUCACUCAUUCCCUAAAGAAAUGAAAAUAAAAAAUACAGAUUGUCCCUAACUUGUAGUUGGUAUGAUAAACAUCAUUUGUUUAAGAAACAACAUUUUGUGUUACAACCCUGAUAGUCACUGCUUGUUAACCUAGGAUGAUAGAAUAGUCAUCUAUGUGGAUGUUAUUUUUAAAGUUACAUGUCAAUCCGGUAUAAAUGUGAAGCCUUUGAGUCUUUUCCCUGUGUUAAAUGGAAACUUACUCUAUAUAACCUUUUGGACUGUAUUUAUGUUAAUAUUAUUUAUUAUUAUUUAUUUGUAGUGCCAUGCAAGUUUUGUUACUAAGUUGAAACCAUUUCUUCUUUUGAAUUGAUCAUUAAAAAAAAAAAUUCAUGUGAAGUGUUUGAUUCGUGUUGCUGACUAGAAAAGACAAAUAUGGUUUGUUUGUGAUGAGGCUAUAUGUAUAAAUAUUUGUAUGGCAUGUUGAUUUCCAUUAUAAAGUUGUGUUAUAGAAUGAAGAUACCUUAAGGUAACAUGUGGGGCAAGCGCCAUUGAAGCUUGAUUAUCAGCUGUAGAAUCACGGCCUCGAAAUGCCCCGAUCCCCUAUCUUAUCACUAUCUGCUUCCUCACCAGUUCUUUGUGUGGGUAGCCAUAGCUGUCAGGUGGGCUCAGGCAGUGGGCAGAUGAUGGUAUAGGCAUUGAUAAUGUACCUAAGCUAUCACACUGAUAUGGCAUGUGUUCUAUUCAAGAAAGGCAUGCCUCUGUGACAGUGAGAUUGAAGACUGCUGGAGGAGAUGAGCUUCAGUGUCUUCCUGCCCUGUUUUCUGGAUAACUAACUCUAGACCCUUAACACUUGAAUUACUGGUGUUACUCUGGCUUAAAGAGAAAUAAACCAUUUUUUGCCAACGGGAAGACUGCUUUCUAUAAUGCUUCUAAGUUUUUACAUGUUGCUGAGUCUUGUUACUGUACCACAACACAAGAUGUCACAAGACAGUGUGUGUAGUGACUAGUAAACUUGUGGCUAUGAAUACCAAUAGACUACCAACUUUCACCAUACACGCACACAGAUUGGAAUAAAGAAGCUUCAUAUACCUUAUGUAGCACAUAUGCCUUGAAAGAUGUAUAAUUCAUACCAUAAAAAGACAAGCAUUCAAGUCAGAUUAUGUUCUCAGUUUGACUGAUAUUUGAAAGAUAACUAAAUGCCCUUUAUUCAGUAAAAUUGUUUGCUGUAUUUCUUUUCUUGUGGUCAUCUGUAUUUUCUACAUUCACUUAUCUUUUACACUCAGUCAUAGCCUGUUUUGUUCAUGCACAAGAACUCAAGAGAAUGCUUAUCUUUGUGCAUACUUGAUAUAUCACAAAGGUUCUGGAAGGUAGAUUGAAAUGGGCCCAAAUGAAAUUAUUACCUGCCCCCAGGUUGAUAGUGGUAGCAAUUUUCUCCAAGUGUGAUUCAUCAUGCUUCUAUAGCCUCUCUUUGCCACAAUGAGUUGCAUCGAGGAGAAUGCACCUAGUUGACCAAGAGUUAAGAUGGAUAGGUAGUAUUCCUAAGCUGCAUGUGUCUGUCAUAUUCAAUCCUGCCUGCAUUUCCUUGGUGCUGCAUCACAGCUAACAUGGAUUUAUACCACUGCCCAGAUUUCCAUAGUAACCUGAAUCACCAGAUGCAACAUUCACCACAGUUCAUAUCCAGCAUAAUCAGUGAAGACACAGAUAGUAAGUCUGAAAGUCCAGCUAGAAAGAGAAGGAAAACAUCUGCUGGUGUCAUUGAUCUAACUAGUUCACCAAGUCCUCCUUCAGUGAGGCCAUGGGAAUCUGUUAGUGACUCGACAACACAACGUCCACGUAGGAAGUCCACAAUGCAGCGCCGUGUCUCAGUGGAAAGAUGCAAUACACCAAGGGGAAGACGAAGUCCUGGAGCAAGCCGGAGAAGAACACGUGAAAGGAACACUCCACAGGAACCGUCACCAGAGCGACGUGCAUUCCAGCCUCCAAACCCAAUUCUCCGACCUAGUCAUUCUACAGUCCUCCCCCACCACCACCAGCAGCAGACAGUUAUGGUGGAUGUGGAUCAAGCCGGUCGCCAUGUGGGCUGGAGAGAUAAUGCGCCAGUCUCAAACCCAGUAACAGUGGCUCCUUAUGCUAUCCCUGUGUGCACGGGUCCCCAUCACUUGCCAGUUUGUACCACAACUCAUAUCCCUGUGUGUACUACAGCUCAACCCACCUGGUCCCUGCCAGCAUGUACAGUGUUUCCAACCUGUAGCAUUCAGCACAUUCCAGCUUGCAGCUUACAGCAGAUUCCAGUCACACAUGGAGCCAUCACCCCCAUGCUUCAUGCAGCCCACCCUCCCCAGUACCACAUGACACAUCACCCACAUCCCCAGCCUCAUCACCACCCCCAUCACCCCCAUCAUAACCCUCAUCCUCAUCUACAGGCACCGCAGCAUAUGCCAGCAGCCACUCAGUUUCUGCCAACAACACCAUCGCCGCCUACAAUCAACAGACUUCCCUUCCAGACCCACCAUCAUGCAGAGGAUGAUAUCCAGAUCAUUGGUGAACGUCGCCCCAUGUACCACCACCCUCACAUUCCAAGUGCAAUGCAUGCUAGUCAUCCCGUGCCACCACUCAAUCCUUCACCGCCAGUGAUCCUGCAGGAGCCGACAGUGCACCCAACACCACAGGAGUUCUACGGUCCUUUCUCAAGGUAUCAGAACAGACGAACAACUCACAGAAACAGAUGGCGCUCUAUUCCGCCUCCACCUCCACCAUACCCAGGCUUUCUACUACAUUUCUUCAGGGCCAUGCUAGGCAACCCUCCAUACCCCCCACACAUGGUAGACAUCAAUGAUGACACUGCUGAAGUGGAAAACUAUGAAGCCUUACUCAAUCUAGCAGAACGGCUUGGAGAGGCCAAACCACGGGGUCUAACUAAAGCAGACAUAGAUCAGCUGCCAUCUUACCGCUUUAACGUGGACACAAGGACAGACGAGGACCAGACCUCCUGUGUGGUGUGCAUGUGUGACUUUGAGCAGAAACAACAACUGCGUGUGCUGCCUUGCAGUCAUGAAUUCCAUAUCAAGUGUGUAGAUAAGUGGUUGAAGAGCAACCGCACUUGCCCUAUCUGCAGAGCAGACUCCUCAGGCAGUGCUCACGCUGAAUAAAGUGUCCAGUUCAUUGUCAGCAGUGAAGGAAGAUAAAUCAAGAGGGAUCAAUAGUUUUAAGAAAAAUGACCAGAAUCACUUUGUGUCACUGGGGGAAUUGAUGAAUUUUGUUUUCAUUUUAAUCACAUAACUAUAAAAACAAUUAUAAAAAAAUGUAACAUGGUUUUCAUGGCUUGUAGCAUAUGUAUAUAGAACAAAGUCAAUGAUUUACACAGUGUGAUCUAUUGAGAUUUUUUUCAUCCCAUAUAUAUAUAUAUAUAUAUAUAUAUUGUCAUUAUAUUGUUAGGUGAAAAGAAAAAUGUCACCUGUUAGUCUGCUUAACUGUGACUGGUCUUAAGUUCCUUACUAAAACCUGUAGAGCAGCAGAGGUUCUUUACAGACCAAGAAGAAAGUAAAGGCAUAGUAAUGAUUAUGGACAUUUUUCUUGUACAUCUACAUAUUUCACAGAAAAAAUCCUUCCCUAUCACUUUGUUAUGUAUAAAACAUUAAUAGUAAUUGAUAUAUGGGUCAAAGAACCCUCGAUUUUCAUUAUAUGGUGAUCAUCUGCUCUUUUUGCAAGUGGUUUGUUUUUCAUUGAAGAAAGACAUCUUUUGAAUCACUUGUUAUGCCUUCAACCAUCUCUUUGUGUGUUUUUUCUUGCAGUUUUUUUUUUUUUUUUU